AGCGGUCUCUCACCACUAACAGGUUACUUCAGAACACAGAGAACAAACUUUUUGAUGACGUGGAUGUUUACCUAUAACCCAUUAAAACCCCUGAGAGCAUCCUAUCGUUUGCCAGCGGUGAAGAGAGUCUUUAAGUUCAACACCUGCGCGUGCAGCUUGUGAACUAUAUACUCUAGAACCGGACAAUCUUUGAACAGUUCAUACCAGUCCUGCAGUCAGCAUGAGCACCGGCACUCAAAUACACCAGCAAACUGAUCCAACCAAUAACCAGCUUGGAAGAAGCUCGGACUGUUCACCCAUGACAGACCUUUUGCAGCAGGAUGUUGGGGAUGGAUUGUCAGAGAAAAAGAGCAUUGAGGAGGUUCUGGCAGGUGCAGAAUUGGCCCCAGCCCAAUGCCUGUGGACUACAGAGGCCAGCAGAUCAGUUCAGCUGAGAAUGGAUGAACUUUGUCCAGAACAGCCCAUCACUGUACAUCAGAUGUUUACUAACUCAGUUCAGAAGUACGGGAAGUUGACCGCUUUGGCAAGCAAAAGAGGAAACAAAUGGGAAAAAGUUACCUUUUCGGAAUAUUAUCACCUCAGUCGAAUGGCCGCCAAAGGCUUUCUAAAGCUUGGUCUGGAGCAGUUCCACAGUGUAGCCAUCCUGGGAUUCAAUUCAGCAGAGUGGUUUAUUGCUGCUGUUGGAACUGUCUUUGCAGGGGGUAUAAUGGCGGGUAUCUAUACCACAAACUCGCCAGAUGCCUGCCUCUACGUUGCUAAAGACUCAAGAGCCAAUGUCAUUGUUGUGGAAAAUCAAAAGCAGCUGGAUAAGAUUUUACAGGUAAAGGAUAAGCUUCCACACUUGAAAGCCAUAGUACAGUAUUCUGGAUCUUUGAAGGAGAAGUUGCCCAAUUUCUAUUCGUGGGAAGAGUUCAUGGGACUAGGACUGGAAGUUUCUGAUCAAGAACUAGAUGAAGUCAUCAGUAGUCAGAAAGCCAAUCAGUGCUGUGUACUUAUUUACACAUCUGGGACAACCGGAUCCCCGAAAGGAGUGAUGCUAAGCCAUGAUAACAUCACAUGGACAGCCCACCAUGCAAGCAGGGCUGGAGAUAUGCAGCCAGCUGAAAUCAGGCAAGAGUCUCUGGUCAGCUACCUUCCUCUCAGCCAUAUUGCCGCCCAGAUCUAUGAUCUCUGGACAGGGAUCCAGUGGGGGGAGCAAGUUUCCUUUGCUCAGCCAGAUGCUCUAAAGGGGAGUUUAGUAGACACUCUUCGAGAGGUAACCCCUACAGCCCACAUGGGCGUUCCUCGUGUUUGGGAGAAAAUUAUGGAAAAGAUCAAAGAAGGCAUUUCACGGUGUGGAUACAUGAAAAGGAAACUGGUGACAUGGGCCAUGUCUGUUAGUCUGGAGGCUAAUCAAAGGCUUACCAAGGAUGAGGAGAAGUCAUUCCUCUUCACUCUUGCAGACAGUUUGGUCUUGCAGAAGCUUCGUGCUGAGCUGGGCAUCUCCAAUUGUGUGAAGUUCUUCUCGGGAGCAGCACCUAUUGGAAAUGAAACUCUUCAGUUCUUCCUUGGCCUCAACAUUCGGCUGUAUGAAGCCUACGGGAUGAGUGAAAGCUCAGGACCCCACUUUAUGUCUGGGCCAAAAGUGUACCGAUUUUCAAGCUGUGGUAAAGUGGUUCCGGGCUGCCGAUACAAACUAGUAAACGUAGAUGCUGAUGGCAUUGGAGAGGUGUGUUUCUGGGGCCGCAAUGUCUUCAUGGGAUUCCUCAACCUGGAGGAUAAAACAAAGGAGGCUUUGGAUGAAGAUGGAUGGCUCCGGUCUGGAGACUUGGGAAAGGUAGAUGAAGAUGGCUUUCUUUACAUCACUGGAAGAAUAAAAGAGCUUAUCAUCACGGCUGGAGGAGAGAACGUUGCCCCACUUUCCAUAGAGGAUGCUGUAAAACAGGAGUUGCCAAUCAUCAGCAAUGCCAUGCUGAUUGGAGACAAGAGGAAAUUUCUGUCCAUGCUGCUAACGCUAAAGUGCACAAUCAAUCCGGAGACUACAGAACCCACUGACAUUCUUAGCUUGGAGGCUGUGGAAUUCUGUCAGCGGCUUGGUAGCCAAUCGACAAAGGUGUCAGGCAUCAUUGGAGGAAAAGACAAAAUAGUGUACCAGUCCAUUGAAGAGGGCAUCGCACGGGUCAACUCAAAAGCAACCUCAAAUGCCCAGCGCAUUCAAAAAUGGACCAUAUUAGGGAAAGAUUUCUCAAUUGUUGGAGGAGAACUAGGUCCUACAAUGAAACUACGUCGCCCAGUGGUGUUGCAGAUAUAUCACGGUGAAAUAGAGAGUUUUUACAGAGAAUAGACAACCUCCAGACUGGCUGUAUCUCUGUUAAAGAUACUGUUGCUUUUUUGGCCAAUCAUAUUGUAGAAAUUAGAUUUUUAAUGAUUUA